AUGUAUUCAAUUAAAACAGAACCUCAACCAAUUGCUAUUGUUAGUCUACAAAUGAAUGAUCGAGAUGAAGAAAUAAGAGUUUAUGAAGGUGAAGAUGUAGAACACAUUGUUAGAGUAUUUUGUUAAAACCAUUAUUUGGGAUAAGAUUGUGUUCUCUAUUUAGUUAAUCAAAUUAAUGAAUAAUUGAAAAGAGAAUCUUCUCCUAGAUUUGGAGAAAGCUUUGGUUAGAAUAAUAUUUCUCAUCAAUUACUAUAUCCUAGUCCAAGUUAACAAAGUGACUAUGGCAUUACUACUUAAGCUAGUAGUAUUGAUGAAAAUUAAAAUUCAGCUUAAAAAAGUUAUGAAAAAUGGUAAUAAAUCAUAAAUAAAAAAACAGAUCUCAAAUAAAUAAGGACUGUAAAUUAAAAUACAGUAUAAUGGAAUGUUCCUAGUUCAGCUAGAUGUAUAUAAUUUUAAAUUUAUUUUAGCUUUCAACGAUAAUAAAAAAGUAUCAACUAAUGAAAGACUAUAUCGAGAUGGUUUGGAUAGACAAAAAAACAAAAUGGAAAAGGCUGAAUAGUAUAAACUCUAAAAAUCUUAAUUGGAAUAAUAAUAAGCUACAUUUUAACCUUUAAUAUCUCCUAGAUCAAGAUAAAUUGUAGAGUAAAAGAAAUUAAGUAAACCUGAUUGUUCUAUUAAUAAUAUUGGAAAUCAAUUAUAUUAAAAGGGUUUAGAUUUAAAUUUAAAGAAAGAAAAACAUCGUAUGUAAAUAUAAGAAUAGGAAAGAAAAUAAUCUCCUUUUUAACCUAGAAUUACGGAUACAAGUAGAAAUCAUUCUCAAAAUAGAUCAAAUACUCCAAUUCAUGAUAAAUUAUAUUUUUAAGCUAAGGAAGAUAAGAAAAAGAAAGAAGAAUUUUAAAAUAGAGAAUUUUAGAAAAUUCAUCCAUUCCAUCCUAAUUCUUAAAAUAAUGAAAUUAAACAUACUUCAGCAUAUUAAAAGAUAUUAGUAGAUAAAUUAGUAAAAGAACAUGAAGAAAAAUAAAAAAGAAUUGAAAAAAAAAAGUAAUUUAAUUAUAUUAUAUUUAUUAGAUAAGAAUACUAAAUUUAAAUUUAAAAUUAAGUCACUUUUAAACCAAAUAUAAAUAAAGAUUCUACUUAUAAGAAGGUUAGUGAAAUGAAAGAAUAUGAAGAUAUUCAAAUUGCUUAGGAUUUAUAGAAAAUGCAAUCACGUUUAUAUAGUAAGAAUUCUUUUAGUUAAUCUGAAACAAGAAUUCAAUCUUAAUAAAGUUCAUAAUCUUUAUUUGAUUUAAAUAUUUAAAGGAUUUUUAAUUAAUUAGAUAGUGAUAAGGAUGGAUAUAUAAGCAAAGAUAAUCUUAGCUUAGAUGAUUUAGACUUUGAAACUUUGUAGGCUAUUGAAGUUGUUUUAAAUUAAAUUGAAGAAGACUCAUAUACAGAAAUUAAUUUAAAGGGAUUCAAAAAACUUUGUGAAAUGCAUCAAUUGCACUAAUAAUUAAAUAGUUUAUGA